UUCUAACUGUUUCUGCACCACUGAUCCUGUGGGGCUGGAGCCCCAAACCAAUGGACAGAGACAGGAGGUGCAGAGGUCCGAAUCAGUGACACAAUAGCAGCUCCCUCCAAGAUGGCGGCGGCGACGGCGGACCCGGGAGCUGGGAACCUGCAGGUUGGAGACUCCUCCGGCGGGGGCACUGGAUGCGGGCUGCCGUCCCCAGGGGAGCAGGAACUGAGCCGGCGCCUGCAGCGCCUGUAUCCCGCGGUCAACCAGCACGAGACGCCGCUGCCGCGCUCCUGGAGCCCCAAGGACAAGUACAACUACAUCGGCCUCUCCCAGGGCAACCUCCGCGUCCACUACAAAGGUCAUGGCAAAAAUCACAAAGAUGCAGCCUCAGUGCGUGCCACCCACCCCAUACCUGCUGCCUGUGGCAUUUAUUACUUUGAGGUGAAGAUUGUCAGCAAAGGAAGAGAUGGGUACAUGGGAAUAGGACUCUCAGCUCAAGGCGUCAACAUGAACAGACUUCCUGGUUGGGAUAAACAUUCCUAUGGUUACCAUGGUGAUGAUGGGCAUUCCUUCUGUUCCUCGGGGACUGGCCAGCCCUAUGGUCCCACAUUCACUACAGGAGACGUGAUUGGCUGCUGCGUCAACCUCAUCAAUGGCACUUGCUUCUACACGAAGAAUGGCCACAGCCUUGGUAUAGCCUUCACAGACCUCCCGGCCAACCUCUACCCCACCGUAGGCCUGCAGACACCUGGGGAGAUUGUGGACGCCAACUUUGGGCAGCAGCCCUUCCUGUUUGACAUUGAGGACUACAUGCGGGAGUGGCGUGCCAAGGUCCAGGGCACUGUCCACUGCUUCCCCAUCAGUGCCCGGCUUGGCGAGUGGCAGGCGGUGCUGCAGAACAUGGUCUCAUCUUACCUGGUGCAUCAUGGGUAUUGUGCCACGGCCACGGCUUUUGCCCGAAUGACUGAAACCCCGAUUCAGGAAGAACAAACGUCCAUAAAGAACAGACAAAAGAUCCAGAAGCUGGUGCUGGAGGGCCGUGUGGGUGAGGCCAUUGAGACCACACAGCGCUUCUACCCAGGGCUGCUGGAGCACAACCCCAACCUGCUCUUCAUGCUCAAGUGCCGACAGUUUGUGGAGAUGGUGAAUGGGACUGACAGUGAGGUCCGCAGCUUGAGCUCCCGAAGCCCCAAGUCCCAGGACAGCUACCCUGGCUCCCCAAGCCUCAGCCCCCGACACGGCCCCACUAGUUCCCACAUGCACAACACAGGAGCAGAUAGUCCCAGCUGCAGCAAUGGCGUCGCUUCCACCAAGAGCAAACAGAACCACAGUAAAUACCCUCCGCCCAGCUCCUCCUCUUCCUCGUCGUCGUCCUCAUCCUCCUCAUCUCCAUCCUCAGUCAAUUACUCCGAGUCCAACUCAACAGAUUCCACCAAGUCCCAGCCCCACAGCAGUACCAGUAACCAGGAGACCAGCGACAGUGAGAUGGAGAUGGAGGCGGAACAUUACCCCAAUGGUGUGCUGGAGAGCAUGUCCACACGCAUUGUCAAUGGUGCCUACAAGCAUGAGGACCUGCAGACGGAUGAGUCCAGCAUGGAUGAUGGGCAUCCUCGGCGGCAGCUCUGCGGGGGCAAUCAGGCGGCCACAGAAAGGAUUAUCCUGUUUGGCCGUGAGUUGCAGGCACUGAGUGAGCAGCUGGGCCGGGAAUACGGCAAGAAUUUGGCCCACACGGAGAUGCUGCAGGAUGCCUUUAGCCUGCUUGCGUACUCAGACCCCUGGAGCUGCCCAGUUGGCCAGCAGCUUGACCCCAUCCAGAGGGAGCCUGUAUGCGCUGCCCUCAACAGCGCCAUUUUAGAGUCUCAGAACCUGCCAAAGCAGCCCCCUCUGAUGCUUGCCUUGGGCCAGGCAUCUGAAUGUCUACGGCUCAUGGCCCGAGCGGGCCUGGGAUCUUGCUCCUUUGCCAGAGUCGACGACUACUUGCACUAGCUGACCACACUGUCUGGCCCCACCUGGCCCUCCCUCGGCCCCAGGGCUGGAGCAGCCCUGCCCUCCAUCGGCACCUGGUGCAGGGACCUGGAAGCCACGGGCAGAGUCCACUCCUCCUGCCUGGCCUCCCCCGUUCCUUUCCUUCCUUCCUUCCUUCCUUCCUUCCUUCCCUCCCUUCCUUCCUUUCUUUUUCUCCCACCCUCAGUCUCUCUCUCUCCCCCCUUCAUGUGCAGCAGCCUAUGACACAGUAUUGUCUGGUUACUUCUAUUUUGAAAGAGGGGGUUUGUUUUGAGGAGAGGUUGGGGUUUUUUAAUCUUUUUUUUUUCCCCUCCUGACUGAGCCACCAGUAUUUAUCUCUGGAGAGUUUGUGCUGAGCUGGUUUCUGCUAAUUUAGUGGUGAAGCCUAUCCAAGUUGGUGAUAGCUUAUUAUUUUCAUAAGUAAAAAAAAAUGAGAUUAUAUAUAUAUAUAUAUAUAUAAAUAUAUAUAUUAAAAAAAGACACAGUAUUUAUCGUAGUGUUAGUGGUCCAGCACCUCUUGGGUGAAGCUGUCCAGACACCAUAUGUUUUUGAGUCCAACUCAUUAAAAAAGAAUCAUCUCUGUCACCUCAGCCAAGUGAUUCGUUUAUUUCAGGCUUCCCCUUUGUUGAGCCACAGGCCCAGCUGCAGCCUAGGGAAGCCCAGUAGGCUUUGGGGGCCACAUAGUGGGCAGGUCAGGCUAAGCUGGUUUGCAGCAUCUGAGAGGUGUGGGUGCCUAGGCCCCUGAGAGCUGAACUGAGCAGAGAACUGCAGGGCCAAGGGUCCAAAGAAGAGAUGAAUUGGCCCGGGGCUACACAGCAGAGCAAGGGAGUUAGAGGGUCCUUGGCUAGCACGCUAUCUACCAUUCUACCCUGCCUCUCACUGCCUGCCUUGCCUCUCUCUCUCUUCCCUUUUCAACAUCCUGCCUACCUUUGUUGUUAAGAUGGCCAAAUAAUUCAUUUACUCUAAAUUGAUUGCCUGGAAAUUACCUGCCUUUGACCCGAGAGCUGCUGAGUAUCAGGCUGUGGGGAGGAAGUCUCCAUACCCAGGACAGAGGCCCUUGAAUACAGGGGCUGCCUUCUUCCUGCCUGGAUCUUCACCGUCUCUGCACAGCUCUGAUGGAAUUGAUGCUUUCUGUUGAAAAGCCAGGACCUUGUGGAGACAGAUUUUUGGGCUGCCAGUCGCUGGAGUGGAUGGAACCCUUGACCCCCUAGGCCAGGCCUCACUGUAGCUGUGCCAGGCAGCUCCUUUGCAGUUUGGCCCCGGCCACUCUUAGGAAAGACUGUUAAGAAUAUUUGCUGGCCAGAGGAAAGGACCUCAUGGGCUUUACAAAUGUCCCACCGUCCAUGUCAGACGGAUCCUCACAGCUAGUGGGUCAAAAACAGUCCCGGUACUGCCAUCAGGGAAUCAGGAGAGGAAGGGUUACGAUGCUGCCAGGACUUAGGCCAGCCAUCUGUGGAGAGGACAGACUGCCCAGGAGGAAGAAAGGGAAGAGGCCUACCAGAGGAGCACCAGGAUGGGCUGGGAUUUCCCCAUCGGCCUCACAGUGGGAGGGAGUGCCCAGGCAGCCCCUGCAAAGGGGCAGGGUCAGAAGUCGAGCUUCCAGUCCCUGCCUGGAUCUGGGCUGGCCAAGCUCCUGCUCUCCAUCAGUGGAUUCAGGAAUGGUUGGCGUGGCCUGAGAUAUUCAGUGCCCACCAGGACUCGCUGGGCCUACAGCUGGACAACAAGAGAAAUGAUUGAGUUAUACUAACUGCUGGUGAUGGGCCCAGUGGCCCUGUGCUCUCCCAGAAUUCUGCCCUGGGACAUGAUCCUGUAGGCUGCUGCUUUUUUCUUGGUCCCUACUAGGGCCCCAGCUGGCAUCCCAGAGACCGCAACCCAUCAGGGAGGUGUUGUCCUGUCUGUAAAGGAAAUUCAUCCUGUGCAAACCUGGGGAUGCCUAGCUCCCAAACCAGGAAGUUGGAAACAUCAGGCUCUUAAAAUGGUCAGAAGCAAGCAGGAUUGGGAAUUAAAACCAGAGGCUUUUGCAACUGGAAUGAAGUUCAGAGAACAUCUACUCCAACAAUCCUCUCCUUUUAUAGAUAAGGAAACAGGCCCAGGAGAUUAAGUGACUUGGCCAAAGUCACACAACAAAUUAGGGCAGAACUGGGACUAACCUCAUCCCUGAGGAUUGGACAACACUGUUUAGUCCUAAAGCUGAAUGGCGGGUGAGGGGUUAGGCUGGCGAGGCCUCCAGCAGUGUCUGCGCAGCUGGUACCUUCAGGGGUGUGUCAGGGAUGGGGAUGGGUGCCUGGGCUUGGGUUGUAGAGCGGCUGAGCGGCCCAGGAGGGCUCAGGACAGCUGUGUGCUGCUUGGGGUUGGGUGUCCGCCUGCCUCACACUCAGUACCCAUGGCCACCUCCCCAUUUUCUGUGCCUUAUCUCACUGUUUCAGCUGAGUCCAAGUUGUUUACUCUGUUCCUCUCCAGAGGGGCUUUCUGUCCCAGUUGGACAGCAUAACUUUGGGACAUAAGCCUUUGCCCCACAAGCCGUGGAGAGGACCAAAUUCAAGCUGCUUGAGCCCACUGUCUUGCUGAUAGUCCAGGCCUGCCUGCCAGCCCGAGGAGCCCCUUAUGCACACCCAGUCCUGCCAGCCUGCUUCCGGGAGCCGAGAGUGGGGAAGGCACCUGGGAGGAGUCUCGGUGAAGAGCUGAACUUGAACCAAGGAGGCAGGAAGAAGACCUGGCUCUGUUGGGUUGUUCAGCCCUGGGGGAGCAGCCUUCCCUACUUACCUUUUCCUCUUGCUUCACCAAAUGGUCGCUCCUUCCAGAGCAGGAACUGGCGGACACGCAAAGAAAGCCAGAACCCCUGUUCCUCACCUACAUGGGUCUGUGGCUGGGUGUCGGCCGGCAGAACAGGGACACCAAGAGAUGGAGAAGCGGGGACUGCCCAGCCUCCCAGCACCUUCCUACCCCUUAAGCAAGCACAAAGAAGAUGAGGCAGAGACCUGUCAGAGCUGAAAGUUCCUUUGGUCGCUCACAACUCAGGUAUGCACACUGUGUGGCAGCUGGGCAGGAGAGCCCUACUUGACCACCAGCCCCGUGCACACGGACCUGUGGCCAGAUUGUGGACUCUGGCUGCCUCAGGCGCCGCCUCUUUGCAUUGGGUUUUCCUCCAUUAGUAACUACAGCUGACACAGACGUCCUCCACGUUGUGCACACUGGUUCUGCCUUUGUCCUCGCAAUUUGAUACUUGGCAUUAGCAUGAAACUUGUGGGUGUGGGAGGGUUUAGAGAGAAUUCUAACACAAAACAUCCUAUUAAAUUGUACUUGAGAGAUGAAAAAACUCCUGUUGUAUUUUGACAGAAUUAUUUUUAUUAAAAUACACAUCCAUGAGUA